AACUACACGAAUCCGGUUAAAACAAAGUCACGUCUUUGCAGUGUGUGUUUUAUUAGCACCGGUUAAAAUCUCUAAAGUCACUUGUUUGGUUCAGGUUACUGAAUGAUUUAAAUUCGUGAUUGACUGCUGUCACAUCAGGCUCGCUAACGUUAGCUAAGGAAGCGAUCAUCAGGUUUGACCUCAGGCUGAAAGUUUAAGUUCGAUGGAGAGCUCACUGGUAAAAGACAACCCGUUACUUCUACCUCUCAACAGUGAGAAAACGAUCUAUGACGGAUUUGUCACUGUCCAGGAACGAGACUUCAGAAUGAGAAUAUUUCUGCCACCGGAUCGACAGCUCAAAUGGGCCAAGCUGCACUGCAGUUGGCAGUUAAAACACCUGUUGCAUGGAUAUGAGCCCAUAGUGAAGCAGAGGCUGCAGCAGUCGGCUGAUCUUGUCAGUUUCUUACUGGAGCUGAAGACUGUCUUGGAAGUGGGUCUGAAGAGCCGUCCUGAGUGCAGCUCCAUCCCACCUCCACAGUAUUACUCGCAGCUCAUCUCUGAGAUGGAGACCAUCGGGUGGGACAAGCUGCUGUCCAUAGACACAGAGUUCCGAACAUUAAGACUGAAAGCGCAGGACUUCUCUGGAAGGCAGCACAUUCUCACUAUUAAACUCCAGUCUAAGCACCCUGAAGAGGCCCCUGAAUGCUCAGCUGACCUGCCGGUCCCCCUGGUCGUUACGUGGACGCCACAGAGUACUCUGGAACAGCUCCACAACCAGUUCCUGCAGGUUUUGGAGUCCCUGACAGAGUUCUGGGACAUCCUGGACGAGAUUGACAGCAAGACCUGGAUUCUGGAGCCAGAAAAACCCAGCCGGUCUGACACCAUGAGGCGGAUCACCAUUGGAAACAACGUAUCCAUCAAAGUGGAGGUAGAUCCCAGACACCCCAAGAUGCUACCAGAGUGCUGCCUGCUGGGAGCUGAGCACGUGGUGACGCCGCUGAGGAAUAAGCUGAACGCCAACAUGCACUUGUGGAACCCGGACUCCAGCGUCUUGCACAACCUCCAGGAUGUUUUGGAGAUCGAAUUCCCGUCACCUGCCACCCACGAAAAAUCUGCUUUCAGUGUCGAGUGUGGGAUCUGUUACUCCUACCGUCUCGAUGCUGCGAUCCCUGAUCAGGUGUGCAACAACCCUCGCUGUGGACAACCCUUCCACCAGGCCUGUCUGCUCGAGUGGCUGCGAGCGCUGCCCUCCAGCAGGCAGAGCUUCAGCAUUGUUUUUGGAGAGUGUCCUUACUGCAGCAAGCCUGUUACUGUGAAAAUGUCAACCCACAAGUCCUGAGGGGCGUCACGUCCGUCUCCGCUUUGAGGAAUAUCUUAAGACGACAGUAGUAAAAUUGCCUGCUCGGAAUUUAGUUUAACUGAUCAAAAGCG